AUGGCCUCCACCUCAACUGCCACCCUCGUCUCCUUCACCAAGGGCACCACUUCCACCACCCAGGGCUCGUCCUCCCAGACCACAAUAAAGACCGUCGCGACCUCCACCGGGGGCCCCGGCCUACACUAUCUCGGUCAAGCCACCGAACAUAAUCCUCUUACGCUACCCUCGCAUGCCGCCGUCACCGACCAUUCCUCCAUCGUUCCCACCUUCCCCGCGCCCGCGUCAGGGCCGGACCCCUCUCCCGGACCGCAUCUUUCGCCUCUUGACGCGCCUGUGACGCGCUCGAAGUCGAAGCUCGCCGCGCUCCGGGAACACGCCCCUGGACGGAUGCCCCCAUCCGGCCAGCCUUCCUCGCCCGACGCAAUCACCGGCGCACAUGGCUCCACGUGGCCCGCAAGACAGGCUGUGCGGCUUCGCCCAUCCUCCCGCCCCUUGGCCUCUGCUGUCGUCCGCCCUCUCCCGGGGUGCCUGCGCCUGCGACAUGCCAUCGCGGCGAAGCUGCGGCUUGGAUUCGAGGUCCGACGCCUCCACCGCGCCGCCGCUGACGAUCAGGAUCAGACCGCAGACACCGUGCCCGCAGCGGUCCGCGGGGCCUAUGCCCUUGUCCACGAAUAA